AUGAAUCAGCAGAAAACAAAUAAGCAUCCGAAAGAAAAUAUGUCAACGUCGAGUUUCCCUCAAUCCGGGCCCGGACGACGAUCCGGAAGUGCCGGGUUCCCAUCUCCGGAUCAGAGCAUCGCAAAUGCAUACUCUGACGGAGGUAUGCAGAGAUUCACUGCAACUGGAAGACCCAUGCCCAAACAGGCGCCGUUUUCGGCGCUCUCCAAUCUUCCUUCAGGGUUCACUGCGCAAGCACCGCAAUUACUACCAUGGAAAUUUCGGGAUUCGGACAAAAUCAUGGUCCCCAUUCCAAUUGAUGAGGAUGAUGAUUUCACCGACGAGGCCUUUCCAUCAGUGACUCACGAUGAAGAUCUGCGCACUGGUCGUCAUCGUGUUGCAGAUAACCGCGGUGCUGGCGGGAGUGGUCAAGGCGGUAGUCUCGAUCAGUUUGCCCGGGGGGAUUCCAGCGCGAGUGGCAUGGACACUGAUAAUCUCAAUGCCAAUGACAAUGACAACUAUGACCAAUCUGAAUCUCCUCCAUCCUCCUCCUCUACAGAUCAGACAGAACAGACAGAGGACACGGGCAGUGGUAGUGGUAGUGGCAACACUUCAAGCAGCAGAUCUCGUGGCGGUCAACAAGCUGGAGGACGAGCAUCAGGAGGUGGUAUAAAUCCAGCAAAUGCAUUUGAGCAACAACCUGCUUUUGAACCAGCAGAAUCUAGUGCGCUCCUCCAGCAACAAGCCCUACAGCAACAAGAAGCAGUGACUGCUUCUCCCCGCCGCGCACUAGCCACAUCUUUUGUGGACAAAUUCUUCAAUGUCGCCCGCUCAAUUGUGCACAAACCCAUGACCGCAUCGUCCAGUGCAGCGACUGUCCUGGAAUCAUCUGUUGCUGGUGGCUUAGGAGGCACAGGCGGUAUGCUCAGCGCCGUACCAAAAGAUCAGAAAUCACUUGCCCUAUUGACUCUUUUGACUACAGCGUCGACAUCUACCUCUUCUGCUUUAGGCAUAGACGGCGCUGAUGAGGACGAUGAUGAUAAGCCUGCAAAUGAGGCUCGCAGUCGCAGAUGGAGUCAUCCAACUGCGCGAUCAGGUUUAGGUGGAAGCGGAAGCACCGGCAUCGGCGGAAGUGAUGUGUAUAACAAUAAAGGAGUCAGCGUCAACAUGAUGAACACUCCUACUGUCCCCGGUACUAUCCCCAGUAACGCACUCGGUGCGAGUGGACCUAACAUCAUCUCAACGCCGCAAAACCCACUUACCUCUCCCACCCCGGCGAUAUCGUCUCCCGAAGUCACAGAAUCCAAGACCCGCCGCACGGGAUGGUGGAAGAGGAGCGGCGGCGGCACCAGUAACAGCAACACCAAGACUAUCCCAAGUCUCAUACACCCAAACCAGAAAAAGGCACGGGAAAAGAAAUAUCAAAUCGUCCAGAUGACCAGGGGAGAAUACUUGAAAUAUUGGGCCAAAGACGAGCAAGGGCGCUACUGCGGCACUGAGCCAGAAGGCAAAGGGCGCGAAUUGUGGCGCGAACGACUCCGCGCUGCGCGGGAAGCCAGUGGUCAUGGGGCUCCUCAUACUAGCGUUCCUGGCAGUGUUCUUCGAUGUAGUUUUUCUAGUCCUGGUGUUCCUGGAAGUGUUCCUAGUACCGUUCUAGGGAGGGGUCGCAGUGGUGGUGGUAGUAUUUCUCACGGAGGCGGUGUUAGUCCUGCCGGCAUCCCUCUUCCUGCUGCCCAUCCUCAUCCUCCUCCUGCUGAUCCUGAUCCUGGUGAUCCCGGCUUUCCUGAUAGCGGUUCAUAA